AUGUUUAUAAAUUUGUUGAAGGCGUUUGUCUACAUCUCCUAUAAUGGACCGCUUGACACCAUGGAGGCAGCUGUUAAGGAAGGCAAUGCUGAAGCGUUGAGGAAAUCAAUGAUGCACAUUUUUGUGGCAAGCACAUUUCUCAGCCUUGUCUGUUAUUGUGCCCUGUUUUCACACGCAACGGAUAGGGUGUCGAGUGAACAGAAACGUUUGAAAAAAAGAGAAAAGGAAAGAGUGAGCAGUACAAGAUGA